AGCCUCAACUACCGCCUCGACAUUCUAGGAUUCUUGGCUUUAGAUUUGCCAGGCGUGAAGGGUAAUAGUGGCCUCAAGGAUCAAAUUCUGGCGUUGAAAUGGGUACAAAGGAAUAUCGCCGCGUUCGGAGGCGAUCCGAAUCGCGUCACCAUAUUUGGAGAGAGCGCUGGUAGCGCCAGCGUCAGUUUUCACUUGAUGUCCUCGCAAGCGGAAG